CAGCAUUUCAGCUUUGAAAGUCUAAGCUGUGAUCACCACCUGUAUUACCGGAAUCAAGCAGCUUGUCGCUGCGGUUUAUGCCGUAAGCAUACACUUUGGGUCUCCCUGUGUUUUUUCGUCUCUGCUGCAAGCUGCCUGUACAAACCCGUCAAUGGGAACUUUAGAUGACAGGACGACUCGCUUCUCAAACCCCGGAUUUCAGCAUUAGGUAGGGCGAGCCUUAACCGACAAAGGCCUAGGUGGCGCUUCUGGGUGAGUGGAGGACCGGCCGAUCUUAUCAGGGGUUCCAAGACGUCGAAAAACCACCUAUAUCUCACGGUAUAGAAGCCUCUCUGUUGCCGACAAUGCCAUGGGUGGCCGCUGCUAUCACAACCUGCCGCUUUCCCUUCCGCUACCAACAUGCCACACAGAUACAGCGCAGACGAUAGCCGUCGCCGAUGCCUCAAAGCAUGCGAGAAUUGUAAAAGACGCAAAGAGCGUUGCAAUGGGGUGUUACCUUGUGGGCGAUGCAUCUCGAGAAGAGUCGAGCAUGAAUGUCGUUUCACAAAUGGGCCAAUGCCUCAGCCACAAGAGGAGCAGUCCACACAUUUUGAGCUCGCCGAAAGCACGCCACAUACCAUGGGACCAGAGCAAGCCAUCGAUCAGGUUCUGAACGUUCCAAACGGCCACAUCGAGCAUCAUAGAGAACGCGUACAGAGCUCGGUAGCCCCGGUUCCUCAGUUCACUCGCCUCAUUCGAGACAGUAAGGGCAAGUACAUGUUCAUCGGCGAUUCCGCGAACCUUUCUUUCUUGCAGAACAUCCGGAGGCUUGUUGAAGCGUCAAUAGGGACUUGCGCUUUCACCGAGGAUCCGCUGCGCUAUAUGAUGGUGGAGGAUGCACCACCAGAGCAGAAACACUGGCUUGACUUCCACACGAGCGGACCAGUCGACAAACCAAGUCUCCCAGAAGCCACCAGGCUUAUCAGCCAGUAUAUGCUGGCCACGAACUGCGUGUUAGAUCUUUUCGAUGAGUCGGAGCUGCUGGCAUACCUCCCUCGAUGGCUGGAGGGAGGCUCCGAGGGUCCCGAGCCUUACUCACCCAUCUACUAUCUCAUACUCGCAAUUGGCGCCCAGACCUCUUCGGACGACAAAGAUGACGUUGCGGAGCUUUAUUUCAACUAUGGACGCUACUUGACAGCCUUGCUCUACAUGGAAGAACCAAGUUUACCUUCGGUGCAGUCACAUAUUUUGAUUGCAACGUAUAUGCUGGGAGGUGCGAGACGAAACGCCGCUUUUAUCCAGCUUGGGACUGCCGCAAGGGCAGCGCAUGCUCUAGGCCUUCAUAAAAGGGAGGUUUCUGACCUCUUUGCCGGAGCAGAACGUAGGACAAGAGAAAGAACCUGGAAGGUACUUCGCGUUCUGGAUUCCUUCAUGAGUUCUUCUCUAGGGAGACCAUACUCUACUUCGGAGACAAGAGACACGACUGCGAAAGAUAACUAUUCGGCAGCAGCCAACCUCUGCGCAAUUUUCGAGCACAUUGAGACGUUAGUGUAUGCCAAAAGGAUGGUCUCCACAGAAGUUGUCCAACAGAUCAGUAAAGAACACCGAUACUGGACAGCUCGUUUUCAUGAGGGCUUGAAAGAGGAUGGGAUCAGUCCAGAAGAUUACCUUCCGGGAGGGCAUCCCAAUAUUGGCCUCAUCCAUUUGAAGGAGGCUUACUACUGGUCAAUUAUAUUGCUUACGAGGCCAUUCUUGAUUGAGUAUGUUUCGAUCCAGAUCGAAAACAGGAGAAUGUUGACAGCAAGGUCGGAGCAAACUGUUGGCCGGCCAUCGAAUCAGACCUUGGUGGAUGCCUGUGUCGAUUCUGCAGUACGGACAGUCAACCUUCUGAACAUUCUCCACAGCUACAGAAACAUUCCGAAGCGCCUUCCGUUCAUAGUGAACUCAAUUUUCAUUGCAGGUAUGGUGGCAGGCAUCGCAUUCUUGGGCGACCUUGACAGAUCAUUCCCUCUUGUGAAAGCGCUUCAAGAUGCUCAAGCAAUCCUACGACUAUUCUCGCUACACGAUACCCUUGCUAAAAGGCAUCUUGUCAUCCUCGAAUACCUCCAGAUGGCAUGUGAUACUUAUGUGGAGAGAAGAGACCGGCAAAAGAUGGAUGGCCAUAGACGGACGAUCGGAAGUAUUUUUGGUGUCAUACACGAGCAUGAGAAUGUAUCGAGAGGCAUGAGCGCUGCCAUACCAGACGUGGGAACGACUUCCAGUCCGCAUGUCAGCGUCGCAGAACCACCCGAAGGCUUCAACCAGCCCAACCCUCCUCAACCACACCAAUCCGGCACCACGGCAUUCGACCCCAAUUUCCAGUCUGAACAGGGAACUAGCGAAUCGCCAUGGGUCUCAGAGCAAAGCCAGAGUAUCAGUCUCACUGGCGCACCUAAUGACUUGUUGUUAAACGAUUUCGAUGCCUACAACGACCAAGUGCUGGAGUUCUCUCCGCGAACUUUGUGGUUCGAUGCAUAUGAGGAAAACAACCCACUGUGGCGACUUCAAGGGUUCUUCGAGAGUUCAGCUGCAACGGAUCAAUCAGUACCCCAGCUUUGAACUUCUGAAUCCGCGGCAAUGUGCCAGGUCGUUCUUGGGUACUCAGGAGAACAGGGGGUUCAGGCCGGUUGUCUGCCAACAAAUCCAACUUUUGUGCUUAAUCCUACUUGCUUGAGGGUGUACAUACAUAUAUUUGAGGUCUGAAGGGCCGAAAAUGAUGUCAAUUCCG